CAAAUGACGUAGACGGCAAAGCACAUUUUCCAACCAUACGGCAAUUUUUCACAGAUAACACCUAGGACUAAAAAGAAAGAGAAUAAUUAUGAGCCACUUUAAAGUUACCACAAAUCGUGAUGGCAGACGUUCAUUUGGAGAACAUGAUGACCGAUGGACAGACAAUGGCAGAGGUGGUCAUGGUGGUGGACAAAGAACAUUUGGAAAAAGAGGUGGAAGGAAGAGCUAUGGGGGCUUUAAUAGAGGAAGUGGUUACAACAGAGGUGGAAGACCAGAUAGAUCUAGAGGAAGAGGUAGAGGAUUCAAUCAUGGCCCUGGACCCAGAAGUAGAUUUGAUGAUGAAGGAGAUGUAGAUAUGGGAGGUAACUCCGGUGGGCCAUCCACAUCAAGAUAUACACCUUAUGGAAACAACAGAAGAGGAGACAGAAGAAAAACUUACGGAAGAGACAGAGAUACACAAGCAUCAAGUGCAGAUAAAUAUAAAAAGAUGGGAUUGCCUGUGAGAGGUUCAGACAAUCAGUGGUAUCGUGUACUGAUACCUUUCGGAAAGAAAGCAGGGAAAGAAGGACUAUUAAAACUUCUGAAUGACAAUCUGGAUGUGCCAUUUAUCCCAGUUUGUUUUCAUUUUGAACAAGAGAAAGCUGUUUUUCAUAUACAAGACAGACAAGCAUCAGAAUCUCUGAGAAGACUUAGUAAUAGACUUACUAUGCCAAAUGGUUUUAAAAUGAUUGUGAUAGCAAAACCAAGUGGUCCACCAUCUGUAUUUACUUUGGAUGAAGAGGGCAUAGAAAAACUCAAAGUGUGUAUGAGUAGCAGAUAUGAUCCAGCUACAAAGGCUCUUAACCUCAGCAAUCUCUAUAAUGAUGCAAAUCUUUCUCAAGAAAAAAUUCAUCUGGCAUUGAACAAACAAACUGUCAUGUCUCAAGUUUCUGAUAUCAUAGGAGAAAACAUACCAGAGUUGGAAACCCUGGAUGUGAGUGAGAACAAAUUGAUGGGUCUGGAAAACAUGAGAGAUCUUGUGAGCAAAGCUCCAAAUGUAGUCAGACUAAACAUAGGGAAAAACUUGAUCAGAGUCAUAGAAGAAUUGGAGAAGAUCAAAGGCUGGAAACUCCAGGAGCUAAUUCUAGAUGGAAAUGAUUUAUGUGAUAGGUUUAAAGAUCGGACAGCUUAUAUUAGUGCUGUACGCAAAAGAUUCCCAAAAGUGAUAAAACUUGAUGGACAUGACCUCCCACCUCCAAUAACUUUUGACUUGGAAUCUUCAUCAUCACUACCUCCAAAAAAGGGCAGUUUCUUUUUAAGUCCAGAUUUACAGGAGCUAACAGUCAAGUUUUUGAAGGAAUAUUUUACAAUAUAUGAUUCUGUUGACAGACAGUCUUUGCUUCCUGCCUAUCAAGAUGAUGCUUUGUUCUCACUGUCUACAGCUUUUAAUCCAUUGAUUGAAUACAGUCAACCAAAGUUACAUGAUUACAUGCCAGAGAGUAGAAAUCUUUUAAAGAUGUCAAGAGACCCAGGAAAACGUCAAAAAGUUCUUAAGAAAGGAAAACUUGGAAUUGUGUCACAGCUGUGUGAACUACCAAAAACAACUCACGAUUACAACUCAUUUGUGGUGGAUGUUGAUCAUGCCUCGUCUACUCUUUUGAGCUUCACAGUUUUGGGAGUUUUCAAAGAAGAUAGUAGAUCAGACAAACCACCCAUAAGAUCAUUCAGCAGACAUUUUGUAACAGUACCAAGUGGGCCUGGGAUGGUGAUUGUAAAUGAUAUGUUGACUGUUACAAAUGCUUCACAUGAACAGUUUCAGAAAGCCUUUAAGUCUCAGGCCCCUACACCAUCCUCUAGUCCAGUUCCAGAUGAGGGACCAUCAGUACUCUUUCCUCCACCAGCCUGUAGCACACCAUUCACACCAGAACAACAACAGAAGAUCCAAAGUUUUUGCCAUGACUCGGGCAUGAAUGCUGAAUGGUCAGCAAAAUGUUUGCAACAGUAUAAUUGGGAUUAUAUGGAAGCUGGUAAGGUAUUCUCUGAACUGCAGAAACAAAACAAGAUUCCUCCAGAAGCUUUUCUAAGUUGAUAAGUGACUGUGUUGUACUGCCAAAUUACUUAUCAAUGGACCAUCAUAGUCUAAUGGUAUUGUUACUCAUUAGAGGACCUUAAUACUGUGUAACAACGAUAAUCUAAUAAUUGAUCAGAUAUACAAUUAUUGUAGCUCAAAACUGUGGUUCAGUAUAAUUUACACAAUUGACUUGAUCUCGUGUUAAAUCCUGUAUUGUGUGAACAUCUUUCAUGGAGAAAAACAACAAGUACAGAUAGUGACACUUGUGGAUGAAUUUAUGUGGUGUUAAAGGUUUUAAUUUAGCAUAAACUCUUUGUAUGAAUUGUCAAACAUGCCAUUCCAUGUACAAAUUAAAUUAAAAGAUACUAAUUAUAAUUUCAGGUCAAAAUGAUCUAUUUGCUCAAAUUGUAAAAAGAAAUUUCCAAUUGUCAUUCAUAUACAGGUGUAGUGCUAUCUAUAUUGUAAUUAUCCAAUCAUCCAUCCUUGUAUGACUCUUGUUAAAAAAAUAAAACAAAGUAUUGAUGGUGUAUUUUUACUGUUGACUGUUAAUGCUAUAUUGUUUUAUGUGUAUUGAUGCUACUGAGAAAAUAAUAACUUAGUGCAAAAGAGAUAUUUAAUUUUAUUGUGAUUUUACAUGCUAAAUGAAUUAUUUGUAAAUACUGAAUGCUUUUAUGUGUGAAGGUGGUGUAAAUAUGUGUUUUAUAAUGAAUGAUAUAUACAGAAGUGAGGAUGAAUGGAAGGUCAAUACUUGUCAAAGAGGAAGUGAACAAAUUUAUUGUUUUGUUUUAAUUGAUCAUGAGGGGUCAAAUUGAAGAUAGAAAGAUUUUAUCAUUUUAUUUUUUAAUAAAAAUGGUAUCUGAAAUA